CUAUCAACAUUUGUCCAAAAGAUUCGAGAAGAGAUAUAUAACAGUUAUUAUAUGCAUCGUAGACUUCAAAUUAUUGGCUUCGACCAGAAGACGAGUGUUUAUUUAAAGAAAAUAGAAAAAGAUAUUGAUAACGUCAGAAAAGCCAGAAUUGCAGUUGAAUAUUGUGAAACGAAGAAAGUGCAUCUUGAAGACUUACCUAAUCUAAGAAGCUUUUCCUCGGGAGACAUUCUUAAAUGGUCAUCCUUAGAGAAUGUGGUGUUGGAUCAUUUUCCCGACAUCAAGAAGUUUGGUUUGGGAAUGAUAAAAGAGUCACAGUUAAAAUCGAUACUAAUAACACAAAAUGAUGAAGUGCAAAUUCACCCUCACACCAACCUUGCAUAUCUUUUUGAGUUAUUGGAUGACAAAUUCUCACUCAUUACUGAGUACAGUGUAUGUAACAAUGAAGAGUUGGAUAAGAUAUUCUAUAAUCUUCAAAGUUCACAUUUCACCAACCUUCAAAUUCUUCGGGUAAAUAACUGUAAUGGAAUAAUGUAGGACGAUUUUCUAAUAAUGUUAGCAUACAGGUCUCACAAACUCAAAGUUAUUAACAUUGAAGAGUGCUCACUAUAUCAUUUUUGUUUUAAUGAUGAGAGGUACGAAGAUGACAAAAUUUUCACACAGCUAAAGGAACUAAAAUUAAUAAAAACCAACUUACGUUAUAUGUGGUUCUUUGAUCAUCCAGACUAUAUUGACCUUGGAAACCUACAAAUUUUACACAUCAUAGAUGUUUCCUGUCUCCAAUAUAUAUUUGAACUGUAUCCACCAAAGAAGCUUCACCGACUUAAGGAAUUAAUUAUAGAAAAAUGUGAAGCCUUAUUUACCGUUUUUUUGGAUCAUUUAAAUAAAGGUGGUCCAACAACUAACUUUCCAUCACUCAGCAAAUUGGAGUUGAAGUCUCUCCAAAAGUUGAGACAAAUCUACGAUGGUCAUUUAGAAUUCCCAAGUCUAAAAUCUUUGAUGAUUGCAAAAUGUCCAAUCCAUUUGCAGAUCCACAUGAAACCCUAACGACUGAUGGGAAAUCUUUCUUUGAAUUGAAUGAGAUUAUGUUUGACAGUUAUGACAACUUGGUUUGUGUCAUUUCCUCUGAGACACUACAAGAGUUGAAGAACUUGAAGAAACUUGUUGUGAGUCACUGUAAGGAAUUUAAAAUAAUAUUUAAUAUUCUUCAACAAAUAUCUUGUUCCACACACCUUUUACAACAACUGUGUGACCUAACUUUGAUUGAUCUUCCAAGGUUAACUUGUGUUGCUAACAAAGAUAUUUCCAGGUUCUAUCAAAACCUAAAACUCUUACAGGUGAAGCAAUGUAAGUCUCUUAAUAUGCUUCAUGUUCCUCUAAAACUAACAAAAUCUGGAAAUUUAUGAUUGUGAUGUGUUGGAUACAAUUAUUAUCUCCAAAGAAGAAGAAGAAGCGGAGGGCAUGAGAGGGAAACUCACCUUUCAUGAAUUGAAGGAAGUUUCUCUUGAAAAUCUACCAAGUCUCUUUGUUGUCUUUCCUUCUAUAUCUGAAUUUCCUUCCCUACAAACAUUAAAAAUAGCAAAUUGUUGUACUAUGAUUUCUUUUAUUGAAGAUUCCAAAGCUCUUGAAGAAUCAUCUACAACAAAUUGCUUCUU